AGCACCACUUACGUUUACUUUUGGAGACACACAGUUUCAAAACUGUCAAAAUGAUAGUCGACUGAGUAAUGAUCAAAUUCAUGGCGUAGCAGAAGUUUCACCUCUAUCUCGGUCACUGCAAAUUCUUCAUGGACACUUCCUUCAAGCGCCCAACGAUUGAACCAAUCCAAUUCUUGCUCCUUUGCCCAUCCUCAAGAACCGGCGCCAUCAUCGGCAAGGGCGGCUCCGUCAUUCGUCACCUGCAGUCCGUCAGCGGAGCUAAAAUCCGUGUCCUUGACGACCCUUCAAUCCCUUCCGACGAACGCGUCGUUUUAAUUGUCUCUGAUUCCUCCGCGGCCAAGCUUUCCGCUACAACCACCGCCAAAAACUUUAGUGCCGGCGAUAACACCAACAGCGGCGACGCAGAAAACCCUAGCCAUGAUAAGGGAAAUGAUCGUUCGGAGUUGAAUCCUAAUGGAGAUUGUAACAGUCGCGAGCAGCCGUUGUCACCGGGGCAGAAGGCGCUGGUUAUGGUAUUGGAGAGGAUAGUGAUAGGGGACGAUGCUGGUGGUUGCGGUGGUGAGGAGGGUGGGAAUCAUGAAGAGGGGAAGAGGGAUUGCGAGGCUAUAUGUAGGAUUCUGGUGGGAGGUAAUCAGGUUGGUUGUAUUCUGGGGAAGGGAGGGAGGGUCGUGGAAAUGAUCAGGCAAGAGAGUGGGGCUAACAUUAGGGUUCUUCCCAAGGAUCAGAUUCCCGCUUGUGCUUUUCCUGGGGACGAGUUGAUUCAGAUGUCAGGGAACUUGUCGGCUGUAAAGAAAGCACUCCUGUCCAUUUCUAGCUGUCUUCAAGAUAACCCUAGGGUAGAUAUGGCAAACUCUGGUCAUACCAGGCCCUCUUUGUCAGUGCCUCCGGGAAAUGCUAUGCAUACACAGGUGGAUCCAUUUUCUCCACGGAGUUAUGCAUCUGGGCUUCAUGCUAUGGAUUAUCAACCAAGGGGUUUUUCUUCUAAUCCAGGGUCUGAAAGUAUAGGAGUCCAUAACAGAAUGUUUAUAGAAGAAGAGAUUGUAUUCAAAUUGUUAUGUCAGGCAGACAAGGUCGGUAGCUUGAUAGGGAAAGGUGGAUCUGUAAUACGGGCCCUGCAAAAUGAAACUGGGGCAUCUAUCAAGGUUACUGAUGCUGGAUUCAAUUCAGAUGAGCGGGUUGUUGUGAUAUCUGCACGAGAGAACACAGAGCAAAGACAUUCUCCUGCACAGGAUGCUGUAAUUCGUGUGCAAACUAGAAUUGCAGAAAUUGGAUUUGAACCUGGUGCUGCAGCUAUUGCUCGACUCCUUGUACAUCCACAGCAGGUAGGUUGUUUACUGGGUAAAGGAGGCCACAUAAUAAACGAAAUGAGAAGAGCUACUGGUGCUAGCAUCCGAGUGUUCCCAAAGGAACAAGUUCAAAAAGGUGGAUCCUCACAUGAAGAAGUUGUGCAGGUUAUUGGCAGCUUGCAGUGUGUACAGGAUGCUUUGUUUCAUAUAACAGGCAGGCUAAGGGAAGCCUUAUUUCCAAUGAGACCUUCCUUUCCAACUGCUACUGGUCCAUCCUUCUUACCUCCUUUUCCAGACAUGCCACCUCCUCCUUUUAGGUCAAGACAUUACCCAGUGUCUCCACGUCCAUACACCUCUUCAGCUGGAUCCUUUCCCAGUAUUGAUCAUUCUCCUGUUCCUUCCCAGUCCCUUGAUCAUCAUCACCAGCUUACCUUUUCAUAUGGCAUGGGUCCUCCUAAUUUUGAUUGUGUCCCCUAUUCAUAUGGCAGUGAGAGGCCUGUACACGGACUGGCGCUGGAGAGGCCACCCUCUCCAAGAUCUUGGACACCUCAGGCUGUCAGGGAUGGUACCCCUAGGGGAAUGACUGAUGUUAGUUCUGGCUUUGGUGUGAGAAACAUUCUGGGAAGUGAAAAUCAAGCAGCAAAUUUGCCAAGUACAACAGUUGAGCUCAGCAUUCCUCAAGCAUACAAACCUGUAGCUGCCGAGGGUAUUAUUGUCGUAUCUGGUACAUCAGAUCAAGCGCAUGCUGCCCAAAGCCUAAUUCAUGCCUGCCUCCUUUGUGGACAGGCUUGACAAUAUGCCAUAAUGUUGAACAGAUAAGUGGGGACACAGUAAUUCCAGAAAAGAACACGCGACAGAUCUGUUCUCGAGUCAAAUUCACCAACCUUUUAAGUUAUAGUGGUUUUUUUGUGUGGAGGCUUGGGCAUUUUGUGUAUCCCUUCAUGAUGGAUUUUUACCUUUUUCAACGCUGAAUAUGAUAUCUUUUUAUAUAAAUUAUCUUGUUGGACUUACAUGAAUCACUGCUUCAUUCACAUUCUCUAUGCACACAAGUACUUAAUUCAAGCCUGGGAGAAUCUUUGCUGUAAUUUAGAGGAAGACCUAUAUGAAUGACAAUGAUGAGAAAACUUGAAGUCUUUAGAAUAUAACUCUCCAAGUUACAGAGCAAUGGCUGCGUCAUAUAUUUCAUCAAGUGGUUUGAUAUAAUUUUCUCCUAGUGUGUCAAGUUUCGUGCAACAGCAAAUGUGGAUUAGUCUUAUUGUUGAAACUGCUGCGAUCUGGCGAAGCUCCGUCAUCUCGGGCCAGUCCUGCCCAUGCCAUUAACUUGAUCUAAGUUAUAAGUAGCAGGUGUACAUGGGUUAACUUAUAUACAGAGUGCAUGUGUGCAUAAACCAUUUCCAAGUUUGAGAUAAGCAGUAAAUGUAAUUCUGAUUAUGAAAUUCUAGGCCUUGGUGCUGACAUACUCCUGCUUGCCAUGUUCUUUUGUACUAUUUGGUCUGUGUAUUCAUUUUGAACUUCUUCUAAAACUAGUCAAGGUAUUUUGUCUC